AUGAAGGAUCUGCCUGCACAGAUACCUAACUACUGCAUCCAGGAUGAACUCCCUGGUCAUACCGGCCCGAUUGUUGCCCUCAACGUUCGCAAGGACGCUGCUGUUGCUGGUGCACCCACAGUCUGGGACCUACAAACAAAACUCCAGAUCCCGGUGGUGUCCCCGGAUGCCGACAUUCGCGGCAUAACAACCACCUUCCUUUGGAUCAAACGUGACGACAACGUUAACGAGGCCCUGAUCUACGGAACACAACUGGGCUACAUCGUCUGUUGCCUUCUUGAGACCGAGUUCAAGGAGCUGUGGAACCGCCAGAUGCCUUCUGUGCCAGCAGAGGUCACCGGCUUGGCUUUUGAUCCCCCAACCAACCGCCUCGCAAUGUGCCAUCGCGGGGGCAGAGUGCAGCUGUCCACUUUGAAUAGGGUAAUGGCCGAAACCAAUCCCGUUGAUUUGCAAGUUGCGCAUUGUGUGCCCCGUGCUGUCGAGUUCGGCUCGAUGCACGGCGAUGAGCGCGAGCUCCUGGUCUUUGGGCUGUACUGUGGUCUAGUAUACAAAGUCCAUGGAACAAAAAUCUGUACCAGCGACAGAGCCUGGUCUCUGGGGUGCCGCAUCACUGAUGUUGCCCUCGAUGUUGCUGACAACAUUUUCGCCGUCAGCGAUCCCUAUUCGGGGGUCAAUGUGUACAGUCUUGUCCCCGGUGCUGGUUGGGACAUGCAGGUCAAGCUUCAUGUGCCCAGCCAAAAGUCUCGUCGUAUCCAGCAGAUGGGAUUUCUCGAGGGAAACCAGGUUGUUGUCAGCGGUAGCGACCACGGCAAACUCUUCAUCUACACUCGACGAGACCAGUUCCUGACGACGGUUGAUACUGGUUCAGACGAGUGGGUUCAAACUAUUACGACAGCAGAAGUCGCAGGCGUUCCGACUAUUUUCGCGGCGAAGUCGAGCGAGAUUAGCGGGAGGAACAACAUCCUCGUCAUUCAAAAGAGGCCCGCCGUUCCCAAGGUUCUAGUGAAGGUAGUCAUGGUAUUGAGAUCUGUCGUCUACGUCGUCGUUAUUCUUGCUGCUGUGGCGUAUGGCUACGAGAAGAUCUUUGGAGAGUGGUCGUUCGGAUUUGCUCUAGGAUCUCGCAUGUAG